AUGACCCGGCGCCCCUGUCGAUCUAACAGCUCCGCGAGGCCCUUCGCCGGACCAGGCACCGUCGCACCCAGUCCGCACCUCCGGCUCAGCCGCUGGAAGGCGGAGAGCAGCCUGCACCCCCACAUCUUGGCAGCCCUCGCCAAGAUCUAUGAGGGCCCCGCUGCGCAUGAAGGGCUCGGGACGGGCAUGGACUGCGGGCAUGGAUCUCGGAGGGCGUCCUCGCCAUCCGCGACAUCGGCCCGGCUGCCUCACCCCCCCGCGUCACUGGGCCUCUCUGCCGCCCACUCCGACGCCUCCACCUCUGCGCCAAGCCCAGCUUCCAGCGCCCUCGUCCUCUCAACACGGGGCCCACGGCGGAGGAGGCAGGGCCCCGCCCGGCGCUGGAAGGGUCGGGACGCCCCAGCCUCCACCUCCGACUACCGGCGUGUGGCCUUGACGUCGCGGUGUGUGGCCCGUCAGCGCCCAGAGGCAGCUCGGGACUCUGGCGAGGAGGGCGCGGGCAGCCAGGAGGAGAGGGACGCAGCAUACCUCGGCACCGUCCGAUCAGCCCUGACCUCGGGGCGAAAGGAGGCGGCCGCCACCAAGCUCAGCGACGAUACCAUCACCCUCUUCCUCAACUCACUGGGGGACACAUUUGUCCUGAGCAAGGCCCAGGAGCUGCGCAUCGCUGGCAUUUACCAGAGGGCGUGCGCCGUCGAACGGACGAUGGCAGCAGCUGCGGGCACGACCCUGGAGGGGCAUGAGGCGGUGGAGGCAGAGGCAGUAGACAUGCAGCAGUUGCAGUUGAAUAAGGCUGAGGCCCACGAUCUGAUGGUCCAGUUCAAUCUGAGGCUGGUCAUCUCAGUGGCCAAGCGCUACCGUAAUCUGGGAGUCCACCUCUCAGACCUGAUCCACGAAGGGAUACGGGGGCUUAUCAAGGCUAUCGACCGCUUCGACCCUGGAAAGGGCUUCAAGUUCUCGACAUACUCCCAUUUUUGGAUCAGGCAGAGCAUCGUACGAUGCAUAGGAGACCAAGGAAGGGAUAUCCGGUUGCCCUCUGCUGUGAUGGAGACCAUCCAGAAGCUCACGCGCAUCCAGAGCGAGCUGCAACGACCAGCUGUAACGGAUGAGUCAGUGGACUACGCUGACCUGGCACGUGCGGCAGGGAUGCCCCUGGAACGGGUGAUGUUCUUCAUGAGCAUAGCCACCCCGCCGGUGCACCUCGGCCAGAACGAGGAGCUGAGGGGACGGGAGGACGGGAGUGACUACAAUUUCCUGCAGGACAUUGAGACACAGGGCCCCAGCAUCGAGGAUGAGCUCACUGAGGAGGAGAACAGGCUGUUUCUCUUGCAGAAUUUGAACCUCAUCCUUUCCACGCUGCCCAAGCGGGAGCGCAACAUUCUGCGACUGCGCUAUGGCCUGCUGAGCAUGGAGGGGACGCCCGGGUCGGACAGGACCUCCCCAGGGUCGAGCCAGGGGAUGGACCUGAACGACCUGGGGCUGGCUUACGGCCUGUCGAGGGAGAGGGUGCGCCAGCUGGAAGAUAAGGCCAUGGCCCACCUGCGCACCCCUUGGAGGCAGCGCCUGUUUGCGGAGCUGGAUGCGGGGGGGAAGCUGUCGCCCCAGGCCGCCAGCACGCUGGCCGUCUGUGCGGCCCGGGUCAAUGAUCCCUGGUCCAGCUGA